CUAGGCAUCCCUUGCAUUUUGAUUUCUUGACUAUUUUCAUUCCCAAAAUGAUUAGCACCCACUUAUUUAUGUCCACUGUUCAUCUCCUCCUGAUUUUUUUCUUCUCUUUCUUUGGAACUGCAUCCUAUCUACGAGUUAUUCAACCUGUUUCAUGCACUAAAAACCCUAUUUUCAAAUGCUCUGAAAUGGAGACAAAAGCCCUUCUUAGCUUCAAAGAAGGUCUCACAGAUCCAUCGGGUCGUCUCUCGUCUUGGGUUGGUGAGGAUUGCUGCAACUGGACAGGCGUUGGCUGUGACAAUUCCAUAGGUCAUGUCGUCAAACUCAACCUCAGAAACUCAUUACCGGUGAUUGAAUCAGAAUUUAUUGAAUAUGAGGAUGACUAUGAUGAAAUAGUAAAAGCUUACGAGAAGUCGUGCUUGGAGGGUAAGAUAAGUCCUUCAUUACUCAAUUUAAAGCAUUUGAGUUACUUGGACCUAAGCCUGAAUAAUUUUAGUGGAAACACUAUUCCAAAGUUUUUGGGUUCCCUUGAGAGUUUGAUGUAUCUCAAUCUCUCUUUCUCAAUGUUUGCCGGAGUUGUUCCUCCCCAUCUUGGGAAUCUAUCAAGGCUGCAAUAUCUAGAUCUUAAUUCAUUAGAUUUGGAAGUCAAAAGCCUGGAGUGGUUGGUUGGUUUUCCAUCUCUAAGGUACCUUAAUCUGGGAUAUGUAAAUCUUGAGAAAGUACCCCAUUGGCUUCAUUCAGUUAAUAUGCUCCCUUCCUUGGUGGAGUUGCACCUAUUUGACUGUGGACUCACUAGUCUUCCUCACUCUGUUUCCUCCAACAACUUGACAUUGCUUUCAGUCCUUGAUCUCUCUCACAACAAUUUGAACUCCUCCAUACCUCACUGGUUGUCAAAUGUGAGUAGCCUUUCAACAAUAAAUCUUGGGUACAAUUCACUUAGAGGUGCUAUUCCAGAUGGUAUGGGACAUCUAGCCAACUUGCGCAGCUUGGAAUUAGCUUACAACGUUCUAAUUGGAAAGAUACCGAGUUCAUUUUCAAACCUUUGCAACUUGCAAACAUUAAAGCUGUAUUCCACCAACAUAAGUGGGGAGGUAGUUGAGUUUUUGGAUGGCUUGUCUCAAUGUUCCAACAGUAGCCUUGAGUAUCUAGAUUUGAGUGAAAAUAUCUUCCUUGGGGGGAACUUGCCCUAUUCAUUGGGAGGUCUCAAGAAUUUGAAAACUAUUUACCUCUUUGAAAGCUCUUUUGGGGGUUCAAUUCCAGAUUCUAUUGGAAACUUGACGUCAUUGCAAACACUUUACCUCUCUCUAAGCUCUGUUGGGGGUUCAAUUCCAGAUUCUAUUGGAAACUUGACGUCAUUGCAAACACUUUACCUCUCUCUAAGCUCUGUUGGGGGUUCAAUUCCAGAUUCUAUUGGAAACUUGAUGUCAUUGCAAGAACUUUACCUUUACCUCUCUGGAAGCUCUGUUGGGGGUUCAAUUCCAGAUUCUAUUGGAAACUUGACGUCAUUGCAAGAACUUGACCUCUCAUAUAAUCAAAUGAACGGAGUCAUUCCAGAAAGCAUCGGGAAACUGUCAAUGCUUGUUUCACUGAGCCUUUCUUCGAAUCCUUGGGAAGGUUUCCUAACUGAAGCUCAUUUUCAAAAUCUCACCAGAUUAAAAUUUCUUGACUUGAGUGUGGAACUUUUGGCAAACUAUACAUUGGUUUUUAAUGUCAAACACGACUGGGUUCCUCCUUUUAAGCUAAGAAGAAUUUAUUUACGUAACAUGAAGAUCGGCCCAAAGUUUCCAGCAUGGCUACAAACACAAAAUAAACUCAUCGAGAUUGGGCUCGACAAUGUUGGCAUUUCGGACACCAUUCCACAUGGCCUUUGGAAGUCCUGCCCAAACGUCACUUCUUGGAGUCUAUCCGGUAACAAGCUGCGUGGGCAGGUACCAUACUUUCAAUUUCACCCUUCGGCAGCUUAUUUUGAUUUGAGUUCCAACAACUUAGAGGGUCCACUUCCUCUUUUUCGUAGUAAUUUGUCUUUUCUACUUCUUCAAAACAAUAUGUUUUCUGGAGCUAUUCCUGAAAACAUAAGUGAACUAUUGCCCAAGUUAUCUUGGUUGGACCUUUCUUCAAAUUCAAUUACUGGUAGGAUUCCCCACUCUAUUGGAAUGCUUAAGGAAUUGACAGGUCUUGUUUUGAGAAAUAAUUCCCUAUCCAGGAAACUCCCCCCUCAUUGGAAGGAUUUACGGAAGUUAGUGGUGUUGAACUUAGCAGAGAACAAUAUAUCUGGCAGUGUUCCAAGUUCAAUGCAAUAUUUGAAAUCACUACAGCAAAUAUCAUUGAGCCAAAAUCAUCUUGAAGGAGAGCUUCCUUUUUUCUUUAGAAACUAUAGAUACUUGGGAUUCCUUGAUCUUGGAGGAAACAAGUUCUCUGGAAAACUUCCAGCAUGGAUAGGAGAAAGUUUAUCAUCUUUAGUGAAGUUAAGCCUACGAUCCAACUUGUUUCACGGGAACAUACCACCUCAAUUAUGUCUACUUUCAAGUCUUCAGAUCCUAGACCUUGCAAAUAAUGAUUUUUCAGGAGCAAUCCCUCAAUGUUUAGGAAACUUCAGUGAUGAUGGAUAUAGUCGUUAUUAUAACUAUAGUGAUCAGGAAAUGCUGCUAGUUUCUAAAGGAAGAGAAUAUCUAUUUGGUUGGUCUAUUAUUCGUUUUUUCCAUUCCAUAGACCUUUCGAAUAAUAAUUUAUCCGGAGAAAUACCUGGUAAUAUAACAAGCCACUUAAGAUUGGUCAACUUGAAUUUAUCAAUGAAUCAUCUUAUUGGAAGAAUUCCAGAAAAAAUUGGGGAUUUACACAUGUUAGAGUCACUUGAUCUCUCAAUAAAUGAGCUUUCUGGUCCUAUCCCUGAAAGUUUGUCUUCUUUGACCUUCUUAAAUCACUUGAAUUUGUCGUUCAACAACUUGUCUGGAAAAAUUCCAAAUGGGAAUCAACUUCAAACAUUGAAUGACUCUUCUAUAUAUGAAGGUAACUCUUUACUCUGUGGGCCUCCUCUUUCAACCAAAUGUUCAGAAGAUGAAACUAAACCUAGAGUAGCCAAGGAAAAUGGAAGGGGAAUUGAGUCAAUCUCGUUCUACGUUAGCAUGGUAGCGGGGUUUAUUUUCGGUUUUUGGGGAAUUUGUGGCACAUUGAUAAUCAAAACAUCAUGGAGACAUGCUUACUUUCGAAGCUUUGAUAAUUUGAAAGACAAGAUUGCUAUGUUCGUCGUGGUCAAAAUUGUUCACUUGCUCAGGAAGGUCAAGUAA